AUGUCAGACUUUGUCGGGAGUAGAUAUGAUAAGCAAGAAGAUUUUCAAGUUUUGUUGAGCAAGAAAGAUCCUGGAGAACCACCUCAGCACAAGCAUUACCUGUGGAUGGCACACUGGACCAAAGCAAGCAGCAGUGCAGAACCCCGAAACAACAAUGUCAGCAAUCCUUUGGAGGAUAUCAACAAGGGCACCACUGCAAAAGAUAGUCAGACUUUGCCUUAUGAAUUCAUGAAAUCUACAGUUGCUGAACGGCUCAUGAAUAGUGAACAGGUUGAUGAGUCUUUUGAAAAAUCUAUGAAGAAGGAUGCUGUGAACUUGCAAGCCAGGGCAGUUGUGUCAGAAACAUAUUCUAUUCACAAGCUUUCAGAGUUACCGUUGGAUUUUCAGAACCUUGGGAGCUCAGAUGAUCCAAGUCCAGAUUGGAGCCACUUUCCAAUGUUCGAAAUUAAUCGAAAGAUUGACAGUAUUCUCAACCGUAAACGAAGGUCUGCAGCACUUGGUCCUGCACCUCUGAAUCUAAAUGUGUCUGCAUCCCAUGUGAUGGCUCUAUCGUCACAAGAAUACAUGAUGCACUCACAUCAAAUAGCUGACGAGAACAUGGAUACGUGCAAACCUGCAGAAGGCUUUGCAUCUCGCAUAGAAGAUCCUGCUGGCCUCAAUUCAGAUCCUUCAGGGCCAAAGUUAAAAGGACAAUUAUCGGAUACCAUGUCAUGUUCUUGCAGCAAGGAUGACAACAACUCAGCAGAUUGUCCAAUAGAUGAGCAGCAUACAAGCCACUAUUUUGCAAACUCAAAGCAUGAACUACCCUCUGUAUCUAACGAAAAGAAGUUCAAGUUUGCAGGAAACAACCACAAUCGAAUUGUUGCAAGUGAGGCCCACAAUCUGAAGACAAGAAGAUCUGUUGUCCAUAAACAACAAAGUGCUGCAGAGGCAAUGUUCUGUGCACCAGUACUUGGUAGUGAGUUUCAGAAUGAACCAAUAACUAUUUCUACCAUCGGCAAGAAGGAUGGUGAAAAUUUUCAUGAGAUGUAUAAAUCUCAUGGCAAGGCUGUUUCGUGUUCUUUGUUACCUUAUGAGCAUCAUCGUCAUCUCAAAACACAGAGAACGGAAUCUGCAGGAAAUCUGAAAGUCUGCACGUUACCUGAUCAAACUGCAAAUAAAUUGACAGAAAAGAGUAAUGGUGAGCUGCUGACAUAUGGACCAAAGUCAAAGGAAAUGUAUACAGGUUCUUGUAACCGAAGAAGGCCCUAUUUAUUCGAAAAGUUAACGGUUCCUUCCAAAUCACAAAGUGCAUAUCCUAAAAAUUCUGUGUCUCCAGGAAAAUCUAGCGGCUUUGGAGUUUGUAUGUACGGCACCAAUAUUGGCAGUCGGUUAUUCAGAGCACAGAAUCAAUCUUCAGCUAAGACUGAAACAUUGCACAGUGAUACUCUUAUUGGGUCCAAAUCCUCAGCAGGCAUUGCUUCAUUGCCGGCACAAAAGGAUUACGGUUGCCCAAACGAAGCAAAAAGUGAGCAGCUAGCAGCUCCGUCCAAGAGACGAGAUUCAGGAUACAGUAAAGAAGAUGGAACCCAUAAUGUCAAGGAAGGUCAUGAUGUUUCGUCCAAAGCAACCAUUGGUAGUAAGCAAUCGUGCAUGCCCGGAACAGGAAUCACGAACCUAGAUCUCAUACUUUCCCAAAUGAGCAGAAUGAGAAAUCAAAUUUCCAGUGGUAUAAUUCAACCACCAAUAGGUGCCGAGCCAAGUGAUAGAUGGCUCAAGCGCCUACAGCUUGACAUAUCAGAUCCUGACAUGCCUGGUUCCAAGAGGCCAAAAGUUGCAGACAGCCCUCCACUCAGGCAAAUAAAUCGUUCUUUUGACAUGGCACUUCCUUGCAACAGGACUGACACUGGAGCAAUCGAUCGUGUUAAGGAGGACCAGAUCUUGGAUGAAGGGAAAAAAUUGCAAGAAACGCAAGAAAGAACCCCAAUUCUAGAGAAGAGCGUGAAUAGUUGGAUAAGAAGAUGGUGCCAGGGUGGCACUCCAGUUUUCCAUGAAGACCCAGGCCAGGGAAGGCAAGCAACAAAGCCUGGCCGGUUAUCCGAAGAACUUGAAGGUCAGUUCCCAAGCAUUGCAGCGAUGGCGAUGAUGGGGCGAGCGAUGAACAAGCUUCGGCCAUGCGAGCAUCAGAAGAAGGGGCCAUUUGUGGUGUGGAAGACAGAUUGA